AUAAGAAGUAAGCGCUUUUAGCCGGACUAUUACUAUGAAUUCAUCGGAUAGGUAUCAGGCAUACGAAAUGCACGCACGGUGAAUUUUCGCGAAAAAAUCCGAACAUCGUACGCUUCAGAUCGCUGCGUUGCCUAUGAAGUGAUAACGAUAAGACGGCUCCUCUCGAAACAUGCAACCAAAAAUUUCGAACCUCUGUUCUAUGAGGAGACAGGGUAUUCGAUCGUAAUACUUUUUUUUUUCUUCCUAAUAGAAAAAUUACGAAAAAACGGUGAAAAUUAGGACGCACGUUUAUCGUCGGCAACAAGAUAAUGCCAAAAGAAUUUUACCUCCAUCGAUGGAUAUGGCCUAACAAAUAAAAAAAUAAAUAAAUAACAAACCGAAGAAACCAACGUAUUAUAAAGUACACAGUGGAUAGGCAAGCGAAAUAUCGAUUACCAGUGAAAAGCGUAAAUCAAAUGGCGAAAUAUAAAGCUAGUGCGCAGUCGCGAACAAAUAUUUGAUAUAUAUACGAAAAUCGCGAUUUGGAAGAGGGAUGUGUACUUAUUUAUUAUGCACGUGAAAUGUUCCCAAAUUAUGCCACAAGACAUUGCUGUUACCUGUUGCCACUUUAUCAUUCUUUUUUAGUGACCUAAUAACGUUUAUCUUUUCUCUUUUUUCGAUUUCUUUCUUUCACCAGGAGGAUCAAAUUACGAACAUUACUUUUCAUGUUACACGAGUAAACAAUAAUUAUAAUAUUUAACGAAUCAAUUGUAAAGACUAUUAUAUUCUGUCACAAGAUAUUAUAAGCGAAUCUAUCAAUUUCUCAUUAGGCAAUUUAUAAUUUACAUUUUAGAAUUCUACUUCGCCCUACAUUUUUUAUGAUUAUAAAGGAGAAAGAGAAAUGAUUCGAAAAUUGAUCCUAGAAUGGAAGAAACGAUUGCUUGUACGUUUUCUAACUCUUUGUAUUUAGUUAUUUUAUUAUUAGCAUAUGAGAAACGAUCGAUAAUUAGUCUUUACCGUACGCACAUAAGAUCAUUAAAAAGCUUCCUAAUUUCCUUACCUCUGUUAUACGAAGCAUUAACAAUAUUCGAUCGUAUAAAUUCUAAUAUAUAAAUAUAUAAAUAUAUAAAUAUAUAUAUAUAUAUAUUGAUAUAUAAUACAUAUAUAUAUUGAUAUAUAAUUGAAAAUAAUUUAUAGUCUAGGCGAAAUAGUUCUCUAACAAGAAGGUUGUUCAAGUUUCGCUCGGAGAUGUCAUGUGACAAUGAGUGUAAUAUAACGAGUACAUAUGCGCUAAUGCAUAAAUAUUAUACAUAUUUGCAUUCAGUACUGGCAGAGGAUAGAGAAGUUUUAUUAAAAAUAUGACUAAAAUACUGGUUAUUAAAUUGCUAUGUGUACAUAAUAUGUGUACAUGUCUGUACAUAUAUACAUCAGUGUCUGUAUGUACAAGUAAAUGAAAUUUAUGCAUAUUAAGUAGAAUAGGUUUUAGGUUGUUUUAGAAAGAUUCUAUAGGUACAUAAACUAAGUAUAUACACUUUACUUGAUUUUCUAUCUUACUAGGGACUACGUGGCGAGACUCUUGCAAAAACAAUGAUGGGCCGCACGAUUUUAAAAUUAAUCAGGAAUAAUGCUUCCUUUUUUUUUUUUUAGAUGGACACGAUGUAACGAUGUUCCUAUAUGUAAGGUGCCUUAAGACGAAACCGUUUUAUUUUUCUCUUAUAUUAUAACUUUUUAUCCGUGCUCGUGAUCUUUCUCGUAUUGCUUUUUAAAUAUCAGACGCACAUUUUGGUUUAUAUUUAACACGAUGAGUUGCAUUGAAUUUUACUGACUGAAACAUGAUAUAUUUACUUACGUACUUUUGUAUUUGAGUCAGAUCCUAAUCUUUAUCUUUUUCUAUUUAUAUAUGUAUAUAUAGGAACAUCUUUUCCAAGAAUUGCAUACAAUAUGUUUGAGAAAGACAAAAUACAUUGCGAAUCAAAGCAAUGACAAAAGGCGUUCUAAGGUUCUAUAAAGUGUUGAAAUAUAUAUGUAUAUUAAGUUUCAUUUAGUGAAACUCUAAAUUGUUAUUCAAGAGAGUUGCCACUGAUCGUAGACGCUAUAAUUCUAUCUUAAAAAUAUUGUUACUGUUAACACUCUUCUUCUUAUUAACUUUUACCAUUAAAUAAAUCACCAUAUACAUUUAAACUUUUUAAACUUUUCUCAAAAUGAUUGCAAAGUGACUGAGGACGCUUUAAAAGAAUCUGCCAAGUCUUGAUAACUUUUAACAGUGGCUUUUAAUCUUCGACUUGUUUCUGUAAAGAGUCCAUGAUUAUUCGGUGAAGGUCUGGUGUCGAAAAGGGGGAAAACAUUUCUCUUCGGGCAUUAAAUGAUCAGAAUACGAUGAAAUUUCAAAUAAUCAAUACGUCAGCGCAUAAUCUUAAUUUUCAAUUAUUUCUUCCUAAUUUAUAGAAACAAUAUAGAAAUUAGACACCAAACGUUUCGACCAUGAUUCUCCAUUAUUUAUAUAAUAUAUAUAUAUAUUUAUUUAACUAUUUAUUAUUUAAUUUUCUAAUUAUCUAAUUUAUUAUUUAUUUAUUUAACUGCCUACGUAUGUAUUUAUUUAUUUAUUUAUCUAUCAAUAUAGAUAACAUAUUAAUCCAGCGGAGUAUGACAAAGGGAAUUGCUUUAAUUUCUUCUAAGAGAUCCGAUGUAUCCUCUAUUCGAUAUAAGAUUCUUUUCACUGCUUGUUAACUUACAAAGCUACAAAGACAUUGUCAGUCCGAUAUUUCGUGUGUCAUUCCGGUUAGAUUCAUACGUGUUAAUCACGAUGCUACGAAUAUUUUUAAUGUCCAUGGAAGCACUCCUUUUGUGAUCGUAAAGCAUUCUUGCUUUUGUUACGCCUGGGUAAUAGCCUCCAGUACGAACGACAGAACGUAGAACUAGAAAUCUAUAUAAUAUAUAUAAGGUUCUAGAAUUUCGAAUCUUAAAAUUAGUUUAUUUAAGAAUAAAAUUGUUACGUAUUCCGACCACGGGCUCGAGGCAUAGGUCGAAGGCAACAAAAUUAGCAGACAUAUCAUUUAAGACAAUACAAUUGUUACAGAAACUAAGUUUCUACUAAUAUAAUUAUUAUUAUACGUAAUGUAACUCUUAAACAAAUUUAGAGAUUCAAAGGCAACGGCGUAGAUAGUGAUAAAUGGAACGAAGCGAUAAAAUUCUUUGACUCUGCAAAUCCAGAAAUCAUCAAGAUCAAAUUAUUCGUGAAAAUAUCAUUUUAAUUAUUUUAAAGCAGUAGCUCUGGCAUUUAAAAAAAAAAAAAUGACUUAAUAGUCGUCAUUUCUUUGUCGUGCCCUAUUUUAAUCAAAAAUAUAUAAACAGAAAUAUAUCGUUUUUAUGACGAGAUAUCUAUGAUCAUAAAAAAAUUAACUGAAAAUACCGACAACAUCUGAUUUUCUACUUACUAUGCGAAGGCUUAUAGUAAUAAUAUCUGGAUUUGGAGCAGUAUGGCUAUGUAACGUAUAGAGCUGCUGGAGGCUGCUUACUCAGACAAUGGAGAGAAGGCAUAACAAACGAAGCAAUGAAAUAGUAACGAAGAUAUGCAUGAAUUGUACAAACGAGUCCCUCCACGUCACAGAAAAGAAUGAUAUAUAUAUCUAUAUAAAGAAUAUAUAUAUAUGUAUAACAAAAAUGAUAAAUAUGUGAUGUAUUUAAAUGAUAUGUGGUAAAUGAUAUUACAUUAUUUGUACAUAGACGGACCCGUGCCAUCAACUAAUGAGUUGUACCGAUAUUAUUACUGCCAUUAGUCCUGUCGCAGUAACAUCGAGUUCGAUGAAUCUGGAUGAUAUAUUAAACGCAUCAAAGAAUGUAUUUUUUAUUUUUGUUUUCAUAUCUUUCAAUAGACUAUUUUUAAUGUAUAAGAUUAGACGAAAAAAAAAAACUAAUUAAGAUUAUUUUAACAUCAUCAUAUGGAUACUGGAACGAAAAUACUUCAUCGUUCAUCGAUUCGUUUGUUUCCAUUUCGUUUAAUUAAUACAUUAAUACAUCUAUCUUGGCGAACUAUAGUUUUAAUUUUUAUAAUUUCUUUUUUUUUUUACUUUACGCAUCUAUAACAACAAAAUUUCCCAAAGUGAAUGAUUGAUUUUUUUGCAAUGAUAUCGCGUUGGCACAUUUCUCAUGUUUUAUGGCACAAACAAUAACUCGUAUGUUGCAUAAGAUCUCGAUAAUCGUUAACUAAUACUAACAAUAGCGAAAUUUUUAAUGUCUUUUCCGCGGUAUAUUGGUACAACUCGACGAAGAAAGUGUAGCAUGAUUAUACACUCGAGAAAUGUGCUCACGAAUACCGCAUUGAGGAGAUAAAAAAAGGCUAUUAGAUGACUUUUACGGAAAAUUACUCUUAACAAGAGAAAACUUAUUACAAAUUAUCGAUAUUGUAAUCUAUUUGCCCUCUUACCUAUUACCUACUUUAAUGUCUAUCUCUAUACACCAGCAUGGUUCUUUAUACUCUUCUAUUUGAUGUUAUAGUAUUCUCUAUCAACUUUUACUACAAAACGUAUUGUUAAUGAUAUUUUUAAUGUACAAGGACGUGGUCAGCUGUAGGUCGUCCCACGAUCAUCUUCACUCUCACAAUCUUGUGAGGCGACGGCCGAUUUUCAAUAACAAAAGAUAAGAAAAUAACAAAAAAAGAAAAAAAAAAAAGAAAAGAGGAAGCAAGAUCAAAAAAUUAAUCUCACAAUGGGAAUAGAUCGAAAUAAUUUGACCUGUUUUGUCAAAUAUUCUGUAUGCAAGACAAAGAGAGCUUAAUGUUAGCGUGAAAAAAAAAAAAAUACAAAAAGAACGGAAAAUAAAAUAUAAAGGAAAAGGCUAAUGUUCGUCGUGUUAUACGAGUUAUCGCAAUAAAUUCGAUAAAUAGAUAACUUAUAGGACAGAGAGACUCGUUCGUAUUUAGCAAUAUCGCGACGCGAUUUCCAUUAUCGUCGUUUUUCCACUUCUCUGCUCAUACGGUUGCUAUCGAUAAGUACCUAAUAUUAUAUACGUUUAGAUUCUUCACCUCGUUAGACUUUUAAGCGUAACGCGAUAUAUUUAUUAUUAUCUAUAUCCAUAUACAAUUUACGUAUGCGUGCCGAGAGAAUGGCGGCUCUACUACCGAUAUAUUUAUAUAUGUAUAUAUCAAAAUCGCUCGAAGGUUGACGCGACAAGCAAUAUGGACAAUAUACGUAUAUUUAUUAAAUGCGUUAAAGAAACGUGGGCCGACUACAGCUGGCCAAGAAUGAAAGGAAAAGAGAGUCAGGUAAAUAAAUAGAUAAAGAGAUAGAGAUAGAUAGAGAGAAACAGAGAGAGAGAGAGAGAGAGAGAGAGAGAGAGAGAGAGAGAGAGAGGGAGUAAAAGAGAUCUUCUUUAAGUCUUACCUAUAAAACGCAUGUAACGUGAGAUGCCCGGUUGACUUUUGAAAAAGGAACAUUUGAAAUUUUCAACAUCUUUUACUUCAACGUUUAGAUAGUCUUUUCGCUUAAAUAAUUAGAUAUAUGAGAA